CCGGAGCGUCCAGCGAGAGGCGGAGAGGCGGCGAGCUGUUGUGCUCGCCCAGGAUGCCCCCGCGCAGGCGCACUGCGACGGGUUGCGACAGAGGAGCCGCUUGAAGGUCUUUCUCGCCCGGCUGCUGCUUCCUCAUCCUCCUCCGUCGCCGCCGCCGCCGCCGAGCUGGAUCGCGGCCGCUCGAGCAGAGUUUUCCGAGUGGCAUACACAUUUGUUAACCCUGGCGUUUACAGAAAAAGAUGAAAGAUAUCGAUCUAGGAAAAGAGUACGUGAUACCCAGUCCUGGAUAUAGAAAUAUCAGGGAGAGAAAUAGCCUGAAUCAAAGUGGAGGUCAAGAUGGGAUCAAGUUCCGGCCAGAUAAAUACAAGCAGGUGGACUGCCAAGAUGCCUUGGAGACAGCUGCCCGGGCGGAAGGCCUACCUUUGGAGAGCUCCGCAGAGUCUCACCGACGAGUGCUGGAUGAAGAGCAUCCCAAAGGGAAAUACCACUAUGGCCUCAAUCUGAUGAAACCCAUCCGGACUACUUCCAAGCAUCAGCACCCAAUUGACAAUGCUGGUUUGUUUUCCUACAUGACAUUUUCUUGGCUUUCUCCUUUGGCAAGACUAGCCUACAAGAAAGGAGAACUGCUGACUCAAGAUGCGUGGUCUUUGUCGACUCACGAGUCUUCCGGGGUUAAUUGUAGAAGAUUGGAAAGACUUUGGCACCAAGAGUUACAUGACUGUGGACCAGACGAUGCCUCCCUUUGCAGAGUCGUGUGGAACUUCUGUCGCACUAGGCUCAUCAUUUCCAUUAUGUGUUUAAUGGUCACACAACUCGCUGGCUUCUGUGGACCAGCGUUUAUGGUGAAACAGCUCCUUGAAUACACUCAGCAAACGGAACCCAACCUGCAAUACAGCCUGUUGUUACUUUUUGGCCUCUUAAUAACGGAAAUAGUGCGUUCCUGGUCUUUGGCGCUAACGUGGGCUUUAAACUAUCGCACUGGGGUCAGGCUGCGUGGAGCUAUCCUUACAAUGGCUUUCAAGAAAAUACUCCGACUGAAAAAUAUCAAGGAGAAAUCUUUGGGCGAACUCAUAAAUGUCUGCUCCAAUGACGGCCAGAGAAUGUUCGAAGCUGCAGCUGUGGGUAGCUUGUUGGCUGGAGGUCCUAUCGUUGCCAUUCUUGGCAUGGUUUACACGGUUGUCAUUCUUGGACCAACAGGCUUUCUGGGUUCAGCUAUUUUUGUCCUCUUCUAUCCCGCCAUGAUGUUUGCAUCCCGGUUUACAGCGUAUUUCAGACGGAAAUGCGUGGCUGUAACUGAUGAACGCGUCCAGAAAAUGAAUGAAGUGCUCAACUACAUUAAAUUCAUCAAAAUGUAUGCUUGGGUGAAAGCUUUCUCUCAGACCGUUCAAAAAAUCAGAGAGGAAGAACGCAAAAUCCUGGAGCGCGCAGGAUACUUCCAGAGUAUCACUGUGGGAGUGGCACCCAUCGUUGUAGUGAUAGCUAGUGUGGUGACUUUCUCUGUUCAUAUGAUCUUUGGCUAUGAUCUCACAGCAGCUCAGGCUUUUACGGUGGUGACAGUCUUCAACUCCAUGACUUUUGCUUUGAAAGUCACCCCGUUUUCUGUGAAGUCUUUGUCUGAAGCUUCCGUUUCGGCUGACAGAUUUAAAAGUUUGUUUCUAAUGGAAGAGGUUCAUAUGGUAAAGAAAAAACCAGCCAGUCCUCACGCAGCCAUACAGAUGACAAAUGCCACCUUAGCCUGGGAAUCCUCCCAUGCUAGUGUCCAGAGCUCACCCAAGAUGACCCCUAAAAUGAAAAUGGGCAAGACAGCCAUGAACAGGAAAGACAAGAAGAAACUGCAGCAACACGAGGGACGGCAGACCAUGCUCACUGAGCAGAAGGGCCAUCUUCUGGUGGACAGCGAUGACCCCCCGAGUCCCGAGGAGGAGAACCAGCGCAUCCAGCUUGGGAACGUCCGGCUGCAGAAGGUCCUUUACAACAUUGACCUGGAAAUUGAGAAGGGGAAGCUGGUUGGUAUAUGUGGCAGCGUGGGGAGUGGGAAAACCUCACUCAUUUCAGCCAUUUUGGGACAGAUGACUUUAUUGGAAGGUAGCAUUUCCGUGGAUGGGACCUUUGCUUAUGUGGCCCAACAGGCCUGGAUUCUCAACGCCACGCUGAGAGACAACAUCCUUUUCGGAAAGGAGUUUGAAGAAGAAAGGUACAAUAUGGUGUUGAAUGAUUGCUGUCUCCGACCUGAUCUGGCUAUCCUGCCAAACGGAGAUCUGACUGAGAUCGGUGAGCGGGGCGCAAACUUGAGUGGGGGGCAGCGCCAACGCAUCAGCCUUGCCCGUGCGCUGUACAGCGACAAGAGCAUUUUCAUCCUGGAUGACCCGUUGAGUGCCUUGGAUGCCCACGUUGGAAACCACAUCUUCAACAGUGCAAUCCGGAAGCACCUGAGGACCAAAACAGUUGUGUUCAUCACACACCAGCUCCAGUAUCUUGUGGAUUGCGACGAAGUGAUUUUCGUGAAGGAAGGCUGCAUCACUGAGAGAGGAAGCCAUGAAGACUUGAUGAAUCUGAACGGCGACUAUGCAGCCAUUUUCAAUAGCUUGCAGCUGGGAGAAACACCACAUAUUGAGGUCAACUUAAAGAAGACCGCAAACAGUUCGUUGAAAAGGCUUCCGGAGAAAGGCACCAAAACGGGAUCUGUGAAGAAAGAGAAAGUCGUCAAGAAGGAAGAAGGUACAGUUCAGCUCAUGCAGCUGGAAGAGAAAAACAAAGGUUCUGUCCCCUGGUCUGUUUAUUGGGUCUACAUCCAAGCAGCCGGAGGCCCCAUGGCUUUCCUGACCAUCACGGCGCUCUUCGUAUUGAAUGUGGGCAGCACGGCCUUCAGCAACUGGUGGCUGAGCUACUGGAUCAAACAAGGCAGCGGGAACACGACUGUGACGUUGGGGAAUGAAACCAUGGUGAGCAACAGUAUGAAGGAUAACCCUCACAUGCGUUACUAUGCCGGCAUUUAUGCACUCUCCAUGGGAGUCAUGCUGAUUCUGAAGGCUGUUCGUGGUGUUGUCUUUGUCAAGGGGACAUUGCGGGCGUCCUCCAGGCUGCACGACGAACUCUUCCGACGGAUCCUCCGUAGCCCAAUGAAGUUUUUCGACACCACACCUGCGGGGCGGAUUCUCAAUCGGUUCUCCAAAGAUAUGGAUGAAGUUGAUGUCCGCCUGCCUUUUCAAGCUGAAAUGUUCAUACAGAAUGUCAUCCUGGUGUUCUUCUGCGUGGGAGUGAUCUCUGGCGUCUUUCCAUGGUUCCUAAUGGCAGUGGGUCCCCUCGUGGUUCUUUUCACCAUUCUUCAUGUUGUGUCUAGAGUGUUCAUUCGGGAGUUGAAACGACUGGACAACAUUUCGCAGUCUCCAUUUAUUUCUCACAUCACUUCAAGCAUUCAAGGUCUCUCCACCAUCCACGCCUACAAUAAAGGAGAGGAAUUCCUAUACAAAUAUCAGCAACUGCUGGAUGAUAAUCAGGCGCCUUUCUUCUUGUUCAGCUGUGCGAUGCGCUGGCUGGCUGUGAGAUUGGAUAUUGUCAGCAUCGCCCUCAUUAUAACCACUGGCUUAAUGAUCAUCUUAAUGCACGGCCAAAUCCCGCCCGCGUACGCUGGGCUCGCCAUCUCCUAUGCGGUUCAGUUAACGGGACUGUUCCAGUUUACCGUCAGGUUGGCUUCGGAGACGGAGGCCCGCUUUACGUCUGUGGAGAGAAUUGACCACUACAUCAAGACUCUUCCCCUGGAGGCCCCGGCUCGCAUCAAGAAUAAGGCCCCCCUUCCAGACUGGCCCCACGAAGGAGAAAUCCGCUUUGAAAAUGCCGAAAUGCGUUAUCGUGAGAACCUGCCGCUUGUCCUCAAAAAAGUCUGCUUCACCAUUAAACCCAAGGAGAAGAUUGGAAUUGUGGGGAGAACCGGCUCAGGAAAAUCCUCCUUAGGGAUGGCUCUCUUUCGCCUGGUGGAGCUCUCGGGGGGCUGCAUUAAAAUUGACGGAGUGAAAAUCAGCGACAUCGGCUUGGCAGAUCUUCGGAGCAAGCUUUCCAUAAUCCCCCAGGAGCCAGUCCUCUUCAGUGGCACUGUGAGAUCCAAUUUGGACCCUUUCACACAGUACAGCGAGGAGCAGAUCUGGGAGACUUUGGAAAGGACUCACAUGAAAGACUGCAUUUCUCAGCUGCCCAUGAAACUUGAAUCCGAAGUGAUGGACAAUGGGGAAAAUUUCUCUGUUGGGGAGAGGCAGUUGCUUUGCAUCGCCAGAGCCUUGUUGCGUCGUUGCAAGAUCUUAAUCCUGGAUGAAGCGACGGCCGCUAUGGACACCGAGACCGAUUUACUGAUCCAAGAGACAAUCAGAGAAGCCUUUGCAGACUGCACCAUGCUGACAAUCGCUCAUCGUCUGCAUACAGUUCUGGGCUCUGACCGGAUUAUGGUACUGACGCAAGGACAGGUGACGGAAUUUGACACGCCGUCGGCUCUCCUGUCCAAUGAAAAUUCCCGCUUCUCUGCCAUGUUUGCGGCUGCAGACAACAAGGUUGCAGUCAAGGGCUAAAAAAAAUUCAGGGCAAAGUCACUUUAAUAACACGGAGCGUUAAUCCUCCUCUGCCUGUGGCAGGGACGUUCCUCCCUCCAUAUUUUUUUCAUGUCUUUCGAGCAGGUUGUCUUUUCACCUUUUAAUUUUUUUUAAGGAUCGUGGGUCAGGAUCGAGUUCUCUCCCUCUCUUUUUUUAGAAAAAAAAAUAUAGAGUACUGUAAGGAAGAUUCGUCACGGUUUUUAUUAUGGUAUUUAUUUCGUAGUCUUCUUAACUAAUUUUUUUUUUUUUUUUGCUAUUAAAUGCACUCUUGCAAAAAUGGCUCAGAGGGAGCCACCUUAUUAUUAUAAAUGUAAUCCAGAGGUCUAUAUUGAAGCUUUAUACAUGUAGCUAUAUCUACAACAGAAUUCUGUACAUAGCCUAUAUUUACAGUGGAAAUGUAAGCUGUUUAUUUUAUAUUAAAAUGAGCGCUGUGGUUAAUACCAGUGCAAAUUCUUUUCUAUCCUUUUAUUUUUAAUUUUUUUGGGGAGGGGUGUACCGUUUUAGUGGGGGUUGGGGAAUCUGGCUUGGGCCAGGCUGCACUGGACUCUCCCUGGUGCUGAGGUUUUUUUUGUUUUUUUCCAAACUUGCCAGGGCGGAAGUGAAAGUUUUGUGUAACUCUUCCCUCCGUCUCCCCUUUUUCACCGACCUACGUAAGGCACGUGGGCCCUGACAAGGGCAAUCAAGGUCCUUGACAAUUGUCAGAUAGAAGCCACGGUUUCUCGUGGUACUGGGCCCUGGAGGGGUUUAACGUUCUUCCCCCCCCCUCCCCAUGGUGAUUUCGUUAGCGAAUCCUCAACUGUAGCCGGAAGCGAACAGCCACCACAAAACUCAGGUACCUUUGAACCCAGUGCAUUCACCUGGGUGCACACAAUGACACUGUCAGUUGUUUGGCUGAUGUUGCAUCCAACGCACAGUCAAGCCGCUCCCAUUUUGCUGUGCAAAAGCACCUCUCUACAGCGUAUACCAGGUGGUCUCCAAACUUUAAAACUUGUGGACUUCAAACUCCCAGAAUUCCCUAGCCAGCGUGGCUGGCUAGUAAAUUCUGGGAGUUGAAGUCCACAAAUCUUUUGCGGAUUUUUCCCCACCACCACCACCACCCUUCCCUGGUAUAUAGCAUUAUUCCCAAGCUAGAGCAAGCAAAUCUUUUUUUUAGGCUGGACCCUUCUACUUCCGACAGCGUUUCUCUGCCGAGUUGCAGGCGUUUCGAGAUAAAUUAGCGUUUGUUUUGGAAAGUUCUCCAGAUGCUUUGAUAUUUUUAAAACCGUUGUUCAUUCACCUGACUCUGUAUGUGCACAAAAUUUUCCUCUUGCCUCCUCGUUAAUGGAAAUUAUGACAUCCUCAACAUCUUGCAGCUUUUAGCAGGCACCUGAUCGGGUUUUGACACUACUGGUGUAGGGAAUUUUGUUUUCUAAUUGUAAAGAGACCUACCUCAGGUUGCUGGUCCUGUUGUGUUGUACGUUACCAUGGUUACUGUACACCAUCUGUGUUGUAUGGGACCAGUAGCCCAGACGGGCGUGGUCGGUCUUGUAAUAGCUGUUUCGAUCGGUCAGCACUGCAUGUUUGUUGAUUUGUUUGUUUUUUGUCCAGGUGGACAUUUUAUAGCCUUAGCAUGUUUGCAAAUUGUCUUGUCGAGACGGACAUCUGCAAAAAGUGAAUAAAAAUUAUUUUGGUUUUUGUAAA